GCGGCGGAGUCGCUUUAGCGUGCACCGCCAUGAUUGAACCGAACUGCUCAAUGACUGAGAAGAAUCCAAGCGGAUGAAGUGACUGCAGUACUGAACGCGACCUCCGCUGCGCGUUGCGUUUACACGUUGUCAAGACAACACAGAGCAACACCUGCAAGCCAAACUCUUUAGUUCAUCUGAACAACAUGAAAACUACAGCACAGAAAACGACAUGAAAAACGAAGGAUGGGUAAAUUACACAAAGGAAGGAAUCAAAGUGAAGGAUGUGCCUCCUCCAUUCCUACAAAGUAUCAAACCGUCAUCAUCAAUAAUGAAGAGAUGAAAGGAUUUUCCUCCCAGUCAAAGAGGUUUCAGGAGCACACAAACGAGAACCCAGGGCCCAGCUCAUGUAUCUCACGCACAACCUCAGAGACCUGCAGUCCUUCAUUUUCUAAAAGAGGAACGGGCAGCUUUGCUUCAAAGGCUGGUCGUGUUCCCCGUAACAUUCGGAGAGGAAACCCAGGCCCUGAUGCUUAUAACCUGCAGACGUCUCUGCUCCACCAGCACGACUUCAACAGAGGAGAAUCCAGAACAUUCCGCCUUCCAAUCGCAGUGAAGAGAGACGCACCAAAAAUCCAAAACCCUGCACCCAAUCAAUAUCAUGUGUCUUAUAGCGUUGUGGACAGAGAUUCAACGGUUUCAGCUCAAUGUGCGUUUCUCUCUAAAACCAAACGAAGCGCGAGUUUUUUAGACAACCGUAAAGGACCCUCGCCCUGCCACUAUCAAGUGAAUGAAGUUUUGGUCCAGCAGUCUCCUAAAGUUACCUUUUCUUGUUUUAAAUCCACCACCGCCCGAGUCCAGCCACCAGUGAGAAAUGACAACCCGGGCCCUGGGACCUACAGCCCCUAUCAAACCCCAGAACCCGUGAAGAGAACCAUUCUACCAAGGAGAUAUUAUUUGGGGUUAUCAGCACCACCUCUGAUUCCUGCUAAAGAUCCGCACCUCCCCGGCCCGGGACACUAUGACAUCAUAAAGUACAGCGGUCCAGUCAAACAGCCCGUGUCCAGCGCCGCCUUCCUGUCUGGGACACACAGGGGGAUACAGGAGAGCACAGAACAACAAAUACCUGGACCAGGUUACUAUGAACCCAAGGUCCUUUCAAAGAUGUCGUUCUUGUACAAUCCGGAAAAAAACUGGAUACCGAUUUAAAGUGAGAGAAGUUUUAGUAAGCCAAAUAAAAAAUAUGACAUUAUUUUAUUAUUGCUUUUACAUUUACUAUUGAUUAAACACAUAUGUGACCCUGUAUCACUAACCCAGUCUUAAGUAGCACGAGAACAUUUGUAGUAAUAGCCAAAAAUAUAUUGUAUGGGUCAAAAUUAUCUAUUUUUCUUUUAUGCCAAAAAUCAUUAGGGUAGUAAAGAUCAUAUUCCAUGAAGAUAUUUUGUAAAUUUCCAAACGUAAAUAUAUCAAAACUUUAUUUUUGUGAGUGGAUGCAGCAAAUGUCUGGAAACACGCCUACAAACAUCACUCGCUGCUGCCCGCUCUUUGAGAAUGACCCGGUUAAGUUUGGUAUCUAUGUAAAGAAUUUCUGCUUUCUGGUUCAUCUAUUCUCCAUUUUCUCAAUGUUUAGAUUUUUUUGCAUGCUCAGAUUCCAGAGUUUUUAAGUUAUAUCUCGGCCAAAUAUGGUCCUAUCCUAACAAUACAUAACCAUGGAAAGCUCAUUUAUUCAGCCUUCAGAUGAUGUAAUAAUAAACAUUUCGAAAAAUUGACCCUUAAGACUUAAGGUUUUGUUGUCCAGGGUCACAUAUGACAGUAUCAUACGAAGUCCUUCACUCGGCGCUUGAACAAGUGGCCCAUCUAAAAGCAAAGCACGUGCAGUUGCUUUUGAUGAACUUCUUCCAGCCUUUCUGCCUGGAUCUGUAUGAACAAAUGAAAGUCUGCCAGACAGAAGAGCUUUUUUUAUAUUCGGAGUCACGUCUGAACAGCUGAACGCCAGAUCAUACACAGCUGAGCUCCAAACCCUGGAUUCCUCCAUAACUGAUCUCAGACCCGCUGUGUUCAACAUUACAGUGACAAUGUAGAUGUUAAUGAUGUGUUUCAGCUGAUCCGGGGUCAGUGGGGUCUCACAGGGUAAAGAACAGCUGUUGGUGAACUGAAGAAGGGUGUGGGGAUGUUUGGAUCAUUUGAACAAUGUGAAAGCAUCCAUUCCACUGAUUUGUAAAUGUCCUCUGUAACUUCAGUAAAUGACAUCUGAAUAAAUUGAUCCAUUACGUGUUUAUUGGUAAUUUAAUGCCAACUAAAGCUAAAGUCAAACAUCAAAAGAUGAUGAUGUCACAAUAUAGCAGGUGAUGUACUGUAGUUGUCUAGUUG